GGGCAUUAUUGAUGAUAACCUACCAAUUAACUAUUAAUUAUAGCUCUUCUUGGAGGUGAACGCUUUAUCGAAUUGAAUUCAACAGAUCUAACCGUUUCAAAAUAUUACUCGAUUGCUUCAGCUUCAUUCAGUACAUUAGCAUUCUCAGAAGUAUAUGCAUCAAACCUAUACUUUACAGCGAGUCUGUCUCCUGGGAAUAUCUGGAGUGCUUGCAAAUGGGCUAGAUUAGCUACCCAAGCUGAUUGCUUCAAUUACGAACAUACAGAAAGAAUCAACUUAGUUCCUCUAAAUAAUGACGAUGUUUUCAUCACUUUAAUGAAGAAAGAUUUCGAUCAACUAUAUUUUAUUAGGGCAAAUUACUCAGAUCCUACUAACCUAAAAUGGUACAAAUAUGUUCAAUGAGGAGGUUCUUGUACUACAGGUCUCAGCAGAUCUAUCCUCAACAAAGAUGGUACCUUUAUCUAUUUGGCAGGAUUCUUUGCUCAAAGAGUUCUAGUCUACGCACUCGAUGCUUCAACAGGAGCUUCCUUUGGAACAGGGCUUAUUGCUACAAGAACUUCAAGUGAGAUUCUGAUGAUUAAAGAAAUCACAGGGUAUGUGAUGCUAAUUGUUAAAGAUACCCAGCUAAAUAAGAUGAUCAUCACUCUCAUUGAGAAAGGCACCUCAAACCUUAGCGUCAACCGUGAGUUUGUCCAAACAGGGAUCAAUAUAUACAGUACCUACAAUACUCUUAUUGAAGGAACAGAGUAUUUGAUUUUUGGUGGAAGUUUCAAUAAUGAGCAUUUCUUGAUAAGAAGCUCUUUAGCUGAUAUGCCAAGACUUAAUUACUUUACCAGUAAGACAUCAAUGUUCUCUGUGAUGACAGUAAGCUUUCUAGUUCAAACCUUCCCAUCAACUCUGACAGCUCUAAACCACGAGACUAGAGCUAUUACUGAAGAGGAUCCUUCCGGAUUAAUUAUUUCCACUGAAGCUCCAACAGUACACGAAAAAGAUUAUUUAUGAAACAUUUGGAAUCAAGAGUUUAAUCAUUCUUACUCUCCGAAUGUAAUAUUUUCAGAAAAAUUAUCAUUUGGGUGUAGACACCCUGAUGACAACGUGGCAUUUGUGCACAAAAUUGAAAGUCUCAACGGCAACACACCUCCUGAAUGGGCUAGUAUUAAUAGCUCAACUGAGAUUUUGACUUUUAAUUCUACCUCAAAAGUUAAAAAUUUAACUUUGUAUCCUUUCCAGAUUAAGACAGAGCACGGUGUAGAAUCUUUUUACAAAAGUAUUUAUAUAACUGUCCAACCUUGAUCAGUAAAUAAUUGCAAAUUUUGAGAAAAGGAUGAUCCGUACAUUUGAACUGAAUGUAUUACAGGCCAUAUUUGGGAAUCUUCAUCUAAAAGAUGUAUAAGAUAUGACUCUGGUCUGAUUAACAAAGUUCCACAGAUUAUAUUAGUAAUCCAUACAGGAAUCUGCUUACUUCUAUUUUUUAUCGGAGCACAGCCGCUUGUUGGAAUCUUCACAAUGCUAAAUCAGUUGCAAAUGAUGAUUCUACUUCCUUUGAUUCCUCAUUAUUUCCCUCCAAAGCCAGCAGAUAUUAUCUUAAACACUGAUUUUUCAUUAUUCUCUUUCUCCUUUAUUUCAAUAUCUCAAAUGCCUUUACUCGGGCAGAUAGAGGAUCAAAUCACUUAUCCCCAAACAGAGGAUUACUUACUACAAAUAGGGCUCAACUCUACAAGCUGUUUGAUAAAUCUCUUGCCAAUUAUCUUUGUGAUGACCAUGACUAUAUUCAUACAUUUACUAGUAUCAAUAGCUUAUUGGUUACUCAGAAAUAAUUAUACUCUAUUCAAAGUCUUUGUAGAAAAGAUUUUCACCAUAUUCAGCUUUAAUCUCUACUUGAGAUGGAUCCUUCUCAGCAUGACUUUUAUAAUAAUGUGAAUAGUCUCAGAAUUCAAAGCUGCAGAUCUGAAUCAAAACAGAGUGUCUUUACUCUUAUGAAGCCUUAUUUGCUUAGGCUUGGUCACCUUUAUUUUCUUCCUGUUCUGUUGGUACUGGAAUAGAUGGAACCAUUCUACUUAUCAAUUCCACAAUCAUUGGAGCGUCAGUGAGCUUUCCUCAGGAAUUAGGGAUACCAAUAAAGCGAGGCUUGGGGUUAUUUUAGCCAUUUUUAUAAAAGUGUGAUCAAUCACUAUCCUAAUUUCAGCUGCCCAGGCGCAUGAAUCUGAUGAUUUUACCGACGAUUCAUACACGAAGAUUAAAUUUUACUCUGAAGCAAGUUUGGUUAUCACAAUACAUUUGAUUUAUACUUAUUAUUGAGUGAUACAGCAUCCUUACGAGAAAAUAGCAAAUAAUUUAAUGGAGAUUCUCACCCAGAUCUGGUUUAUUGUCCUGAUCAUACCUCUGAUGAUCCUCAAGCAAAAGUCUGACUGGACGGAUAAUAAAGAGACCUUGUAUACAUGGGGGCUUCUAGCUGGUCCUAUAACAACAGGCUUGAUAAAUUCUCUAAAUUCUAUCAGCAUUAAAUGAAGAAAGUCAAAUCAAAAGCCUAAGAUAAAAGUAGUCAAUACACCUAUAACAGAUGGGAUCAGGAAUUUAAAACUUGAGGAUCAACACCAAAGUUCCAAGCCUUCUCAGACAGAAGAGAACAAGGAUGAAGAAGAGGGCAAUAAUGCAGAGGAUUCUCAUUCUGUGAUGAAACUCAGGAAAACUCCUUUGUCUUAAUGUUUAAUUCUAAUAUUCAAUCUGGUCA